AUGGCCGCCAGCGGGACGCGCUUGGCGCAGGAGGCGCUCGGCAACGCGCCGGGGAGGAGGCGGCCUGCCCUCGCUUCCUUCUCCGCCUUCAGCUUCGUCCCGCCCAAACGGGAAGGGCCUCCGGAGCUCAGCUAUUUCAACCGGCCGCACAAGACAGGAGAUUUUUUCACCUAUGAUGCUGCUUUUGGAAUGCCAGACGAUUACGACCAAUAUCUUCCACGAUGUGACAGAAAACAUGCAAAGGCUCGUGGCCUUAAAAUUAAUGAGGAGGAAAUGGCAAGAACUGUUCCUGUGCUGACAUCUUCAGAGUAUGGGAAGCGCAUAGAUAAGCUCUUAGACCCACCAACCAGAGAGCAUGCCAGGGUUCAUAGCCUGCACGCAGCAAUCUAUGGGGAAAGCAGCCGCCUCGCUCAUUAAAAACCUUCUCCAGGCCUGGAUCCAUGGGAAAUCUCUCGUGUCUGUCAUCACCAGCAACAUUUAUUUGGGAAAAAAAUAAACCAGCACUUUGAAAAG